UUUGGACUACCAUUGCUUGUCUGUUUGAAACUUCAAAGUCUCUAAAGUUAAAGCAUGCAAGCAAAGCAAAAGCGAAAAACCUCCCUCUAGUUUCGAAAUCUCCUGAACUUUCUCUACUGGUUAAUAGUGUUCGUAACAUUUUCGUGAACUGCACUUCCAAUCUUCUGGCGCGCCCAAUAAGUCGGGCUAUAAGGUCUAACUUCUGCUCUUACUUUGAGAGUAGUGGGAUAUCGAGAAAAUAGAGAUGGGUUCUAUGGCAGUUGCCCCCUUUCUUCCUUCAAAGCCAAGACCAUCUCUCUUUGACCAAAACAGCUCCCUCUUUUCUUCAAGUACAAAGCUCAAGAGGAAGAACCAAUCUAUCAGCCCUGUGGCAAGGCUAUUCGGGCCAUCUAUUUUUGAGGCAUCAAAGCUGAAGGUGCUGUUCUUAGGGGUUGAUGAGAAGAAGCAUCCAGGGAAUCUGCCAAGGACUUAUACUCUAACACACAGUGAUAUGACAGCUAAACUUACUUUAGCCAUCUCACAGACCAUAAACAAUUCUCAGUUGCAGGGAUGGUCCAACAAAUUGUACCGAGAUGAAGUGGUGGCAGAGUGGAAGAAAGUGAAGGGAAAGAUGUCUCUUCAUGUUCAUUGCCAUAUAAGUGGAGGCCAUUUUCUUUUAGAUUGGUGCUGCAGACUCAGAUAUUUCAUCUUCCGCAAGGAACUCCCAGUGGUAUUGAAGGCCUUUUUUCAUGGAGAUGGGAGUUUGUUGAGCAACUAUCCUGAAUUACAAGAGGCUUUAGUUUGGGUUUACUUUCAUUCAAACAUUCCAGAAUUCAGCAAGGUAGAGUGCUGGGGUCCACUCAAGGAUGCUGCUGUGCCUUCUACUUCUGAAACUGGUGGGUCCCAUGAGACCAAGGAGCUAGCAAACCAAUCAAGCAACUGGGACUUGCCUGAGCCAUGCCAAGAGGAGAAUUGUACCUGUUGCUUUCCACCAAUGAGCUUGAUCCCAUGGUCUAAAAUGGUUCCCUUGGAGAGCAAAAAUAAUCCAAGCACCCCACAGAGCUUUCAACAGCCCUAAGUAAUCUAUCUGUCCGCUCUUUGAUUGUUUUAUCUUCACAAAAGAUGUUACAUAACUUAUGUAGGUCUGAAAUGUAAAUAUUAGGAGUUUGUCCCCAACCCAAGAUACUCUGGGUUUGGGGUUGAAAUACUUGUCCCAAAAUCUCUUUUUCAAGACAAAGACUGCUGUACAUGUAAAUAUGUUCAAUAUUUGAUAAACUUGCCAUUGUUGUAAGAACACUACGAAUGUGUAACGCAUGACGUGAAAGUUUUAUUGUAUUUAUAUUAUUU